AUGAGCCUUAAAACUGUAAACUGUCAGUGUAGCCUACUGAUAGUGACAGUCAACUCCCCAAUGUUUGGAGUUGAUUGCGAAAUGUGCCUCACAUCUAUAAAGCAGUUAGAACUUACUAGUAUUUCUGUUGUUAAUGAACAAGGAAAAUUAGUGUAUCACACACUAGUGAAACCAAAAAACCGUAUCAUCAACUACUUGACAAAAUAUUCAGGAAUCACUGAAGAAAAACUUCGAUUUGUUAAGAAAACACUGAAAGAUGUUCAGAAUGAUCUGCGCAAUAUAUUGCCUACAGAUGCUAUUCUGAUGAUGCAUCCUUAUGUAAUUGAUUCAUCACUGAUAUAUAACCUGACUCACUGUAGAAAACGUAGGUCGUCACUGAAAUUAUUAACAAAAAUGUACCUAAAGAGAGACAUCCAGGAGAAUACAUCAGGUCAUGACCCCAGUGAAGAUGCUAAAGCCUCACUUGAACUUGUUCUGCACAAACUAAAAUAUGUGACGACCUACGUUUUCUACAGUGAGUCAGGUUAUAUAUCAGUGAUGAAUCAAUUACAUAAGGAUGCAUCAUCUGUAAGUAUAAAGAAUUAG